CCCUUCCCAACUUUCUCCAAAGUCGGCCAGGAGAGAUCCCAAACUAGGACGACUUCUUCCCCACUCGGCCAGGAUGAGGCUGAUCUUGGGGCACCAAGGGUGGGGCCUAGGGGGACUGGAGCUGUGGCUGCUGCUGGUCCUAAUCGUGUUGGCCAAGGCCCCGGCCCAGAACCCCGACCUGCCUUCAGCCGGUUGUUCCAGGGGAAGCUGCUACCCGGCCACUGGCGAUCUCCUGGUUGGCAGAGCAGACAGACUGACAGCCUCGUCCACCUGCGGGCUCAGAGGCCCUGAGCCCUACUGUAUAGUCAGCCACCUACAGGAUGAAAAAAAGUGUUUCCUGUGCGACUCUCGGCAUCCAUUCUCUGCCCGCCACCCUCAAAGCCACCGAAUCCAGAACGUGGUCACCAGCUUUGCCCCCCAACGGCGGUCAGCCUGGUGGCAAUCAGAAAAUGGAGUGUCCACCGUCACUAUCCAGCUGGACUUAGAGGCUGAAUUCCAUUUUACCCACCUUAUUAUGACCUUCAAGACGUUCCGGCCAGCCGCGAUGCUGGUGGAGCGCUCCUCAGACUUCGGGAGGACCUGGCGGGUCUAUCGCUAUUUCUCCUACGACUGUGGCUCUGACUUCCCUGGGGUCCCUCUGGCCCCCCCCCAUCGCGUGGAUGACGUGGUCUGCGAGUCUCGAUACUCAGAAAUUGAGCCCUCCACCGAGGGGGAGGUCAUCUACCGCGUCCUGGACCCGGCCAUCCCCAUCACCGAUCCCUACAGUCCCCGGAUCCAGGACCUCCUGAAGAUCACCAACCUUCGGGUGAACUUGACACGGCUUCAUACUUUGGGGGACAACCUGCUGGACCCCCGGAGGGAGAUCCGGGAGAAAUACUAUUAUGCCCUCUACGAGCUGGUGGUCCGGGGAAACUGCUUCUGCUACGGCCACGCGUCCCAGUGUGCCCGGGCUCCCGGUGCCCCCGCCCACGCCGAGGGCAUGGUACACGGAGCCUGUGUGUGCAAACACAACACCCGCGGCCUCAACUGCGAGAGCUGCCAGGACUUCUACCACGACCUGCCCUGGCGCCCAGCCGAGGACGGCCGCCCCCACGCUUGUAAAAGGUGCGAGUGCCACCAGCACGCCCGGAGCUGCCACUUUGACAUGGCCGUGUUUCUGGCCUCGGGGAACACGAGCGGAGGCGUGUGUGAGGACUGCCAGCACAACACGGCCGGCCGCCGCUGCGAGCUCUGCCGCCCCUUCUACUUCCGGGACCCUGCGAGGGACCUGCGGGACCCGGCCGCCUGCCGCCCCUGUGACUGUGACCCUGCGGGCGCCCGCGACGGCGGCCUCUGUGACCCCCACGAUGACCCCGCCCUGGGGCUUGUGUCCGGCCAGUGUCGCUGCAAGGAGCACGUGGCCGGCCCCCGCUGCCAGCGCUGCCGAGACGGCUACUUCGGCCUGAGCGCCGCGGACCCGCAGGGCUGCCAGAGGUGCCAGUGUGACCCCCGGGGCACAGUGCCGGGGGGCCCUCCUUGUGACGCCGGCAGCGGGGCCUGCUUCUGCAAACGCCUGGUGACGGGAAGGCACUGUGAGCGAUGCUUGGCCGAUCACUGGGGUCUGAGCCAUGACCUACUCGGCUGCCGCCCGUGUGACUGUGAUGUGGGAGGUGCUCUGGAACCCCGGUGUGCUGAGGACUCGGGGCAGUGUCGGUGUCGCCGACACAUGUUUGGGCGACGCUGCGACCAGGUGCAGCCCGGAUACUUCUUGCCAUUCUUGGACCAUCUCACCUUCGAGGCUGAGGCCGCCCGUGGGCAGGCCCUGGACAUAAUCGAGAGAAUGGCACACCCAGGGAUGGCAGCCUCCUGGACAGGUGUGGGCUUUGUGCGGCUGCGGGAGGGUCAGACCCUCGAGUUUGUGGUGGCCACGGUGUCCCAGGCCAUGGACUACGAACUGCUCCUGCGAUAUGAACCUCAGGUCCCGGAGCAGUGGGCAGAGGUGACUCUGACUGUGCAGCGGCCAGGGCCUAUAUCUCCCAGCAGCCCCUGCGGCACCACUGUGCCUGAGGAUGACCACUUCCGGGGGAUGUUGCAGCCUGGGACCAGAUAUGUGCUCCUGCCCUCUCCCGUCUGUCUGGAGCCGGGGCUCUCCUACACGAUUCGCCUGGAGCUGAGCCGGGCUGGCGGGGAUGUGCGCCCCGGAGCCCCCCCUCCCGGCCUGCUCUUUGACUCACUGGUGCUGGUGCCCCGAUGGGCAUCCCUGGAGAUGUUUAGCGCAGGAGAUGCCGGUGCCCUGGAGAGACGGGCCACCUUUGAACGUUACCGCUGCCACGAGGAGGGCCUGACACCUGCCAAGAGCCCCCCGGUAGAAGCCUGUGCCCCCCUCCUCCGAAGCCUGGCUGCCCUGGUGUAUGAUGGAGCGCUGGCCUGCCAGUGUGACCCCCAGGGCUCCCUGAGCUCCGAGUGCCAGGCCCACGGUGGGCAGUGUCCAUGCAAGCCCCAUGUGACUGGGAGGCGCUGUGACCGCUGCGCGCCAGGAACCUUUGGCUUUGGUCCUUCCGGCUGCAGGGCCUGCCAGUGCAGUCCCGAGGGCAGUCUCAGCAGUCUGUGUCACGAGGCCAGCGGGCAGUGCCCCUGCCGGCCUGGAGCUUUUGGGCCACGCUGUGAUCGGUGCCAGCCGGGGCAGUGGGGGUUCCCCAGCUGCCGCCCUUGUCACUGUAACGGGCACGCGGACGAUUGUGACCCAAGGACCGGGUCCUGCCAGAGCUGCCGGGACCACACGGCGGGGGACCACUGUGAAAGGUGCAUGGCAGGCUUCUAUGGGAACCCGGUGCUGGCAUCGGGAGGCCACUGCCGCCCCUGCCCUUGCCCCGAGGGCCCAGGGGGGCAGCGACACUUUGCUACCUCCUGCCAUCAGGACCGGCACUCCCAGCAAGUGAUUUGCCACUGCCAGCCUGGCUACACGGGCCCACGCUGUGAGGAGUGUGCCCCUGGACACUUUGGGGACCCACUGAGGCCAGGGGGCCGGUGCCAGCCAUGUGAAUGCAGCAGCAACAUCGAUCCCAUGGACCCCGAGGCCUGUGACCGCCAAACUGGGCAGUGUUUGCGCUGUCUCCACAACUCGGAAGGGCCUCGCUGUGCCCACUGUCGCCUUGGAUACUAUGGGCAGGCUGCCCACCAGAGCUGCCGGAGGUGCACCUGUAAUUUUCUGGGCACAGAGCGCAGUCAAUGCCCUUCUCAAGACAAAUGCCGCUGUGAUCCAGGCAGUGGGCAGUGCCCAUGCCUACCCAACAUUCAGGGACAGAGCUGUGACCGUUGUGCCCCCAACUUUUGGAACCUGGCAAGUGGGCAAGGCUGCCAGCCCUGUUCCUGUCACCCCAGCCAUGCUACCAGUCCUUCCUGCAAUGAGUUCACAGGGCAGUGUCAUUGCCGAGCAGGCUUUGGAGGCCGCACAUGCACUGAGUGCCAGGAGAACCACUGGGGAGAUCCCGGCCUGCAGUGUCGGGCUUGUGACUGUGACUCAAGAGGCAUUGAGACCCCUCAGUGCCACCAUGCCACAGGGCACUGUGUCUGCCGGCCAGGUGUGGCAGGUGUGCGCUGUGACCAGUGUGCCCGAGGCUUUUCGGGGGUUUUCCCUGCAUGCCAGCCAUGCCAUGCCUGCUUUGGGGACUGGGACCGGAUUGUGCAAGGCCUGGCCUCGCGCACUCGCGCUCUCGAACAGCGAGCUCGGGAAUUACACCAGCUGGGGGCCCUGGGGGCCUUUGAGAAGAAUUUCCGCCUGCUGGGAGAGAAGCUGGGCACUGUGCAGGGCAUUGUGAAUGCCCGCAAUGCCACAGCUGCCGCCACCUUGCAGCUUAUGGCCAUUACAGAAGACUUGAGGCACGACAUUGAGGAAGCUACAGGACAGCUGACUAAGCUGGAAGGAGAGCUGACAGAGGCCCAGGAUGAGAACUUCAAUGCCAACCAUGCCCUUAGUGGAUUGGAGCGAGAUGGCCGAGCUCUUAACCUUACCCUAAGGCAGCUGGGCCAGCAUCUGGACGUGCUGAAACACUCCAACUUCCUGGGGGCCUAUGACAGUAUCCGUCAGUCCCACGCUCAGUCAUCUGAGGCGGAGCAUCGUGCAAAUCGCUCAGCCCUGGCUGUCCCUGGCCCUGUGAGCGACUCAGCAGCUACACGGCGCCGAGCAGAAGGCUUGAUGGGCAGCCAGAGAGACAGCUUUGACCGGAGGAAUGUGGCCAACCGGAGGGCUCUGGGUGAACUUGCAGCCAAGGCCAACAGCCUUAGCCUGACGGGCAUCAAUGAGCUGGUAUGUGGGGCCCCUGGGGAUGCUCCCUGUGCCACAAGCCCAUGUGGUGGGGCUGGCUGCAGGGAUGAGGAUGGACAGCGCCGCUGUGGGGGCCUGAACUGUCAAGGAGCAGCAGCCACAGCAGACAAUGCACUGGGCCGGGCGCGGCACACACAGGAGGAAUUGCGGCGGACCCUGGGAGAUGCAGAUGGGCUUGUGGGCAAGGUGGCAGAGGCAAGGCUACAAGCAGGUGUGGCCCGACAGCGAGCACAGGCAGCCCUGGAAAAGGCCAAUGAAACCCGGGACCGAGUGGAAAGGGCAAACCAGGAACUUCGUGAACUGAUUCAAAAUGUCAAGGACUUCUUGAGUCAAGAGGGAGCUGACCCUGGUAGCAUUGAGGCAGUAGCCACUCAUGUGCUGGAGCUGUCCAUCCCAGCAUCACCUGCUCAGAUCCACCAUCUGGCAAAUGAGAUUGCUGAGCGAGUACGGAGCCUCGGGGAUGUGGACACCAUUCUGCAGCGCACAGCGGGGGAUGUGCGCCAGGCUGAGCAACUUCUGCAAGAUGCCCAGCAGGCCCGGACCCGGGCCCAAAGUGAGAAGCAGAAGGCAGAGAUGGUGCAGGAUGCUCUUGAGGAAGCAAGACGGGCACAGGGUGCAGCAAAAGGCGCUAUCCGUGGGGCAGCCGCUGACACGGAGGGCACUGAGCAAACACUGGGCAGGGUUCGGGAGAAGACAGCUGGAGCAGAGCGGGAUUUGAGCAUGGCAACAGAGCGAACCGAGAGGUUGGAUGCUCAGCUGGAUGCUUUGAAGUUGAAAAGGGCUGGGAAUAGCCUGGAAGCCACACGGGCUGAAGAGACAGCUAAUAGUGCCCAGGGUCGGGCCCAGGAGGCUGAGCAGCUGCUGAAGGGCCAGCUGGGUGACCGAUACCAGACUGUGAGGGAUCUUGCUGAUCGGAAGGCCCAGGGUGUCCUUCAGGCUAAGGAGAGAGCUGAGCGUCUACGGGAUGAGGCCCGGGGACUGCUACAGGAUGCUCAAGACAAACUUCGGAGAUUGCAUGAGCUGGAAGGCACAUAUGAAGUGAAUGAACGGGCCCUGGAGGGCAAAGCAGCUCAGUUGGAUGGCCUGGAGGCCAAAAUGAAGGAUGUCCUUCAGUCCAUCAAUCAGCAGAUUCAGAUCUACAACACCUGUCAGUGAUUCCUUCCUUCCCUUCCCUUGGGCUACCCCAUGAGGAGCUCAUGGAUGGGUACACAUUGCCUGAAUCAACAUCUCCUGAUUCGGGUUGGGCUUAAGGGCUUGGACAAUUAAGGUGUGGGCCUGGGUUGGAGAGUGUUGUGGCUUUGUCUCUCCAACCCUCCUGGGCCAUCAGAUAAAUCUGAAUUUGUGAAGCUGACCUGGGUAUGUCUCUGAUUUCAAGUAUGUGGGGAAGAAGAGGGGGGUAGUGACCAUUCAGCCUCUAUUUUUUUGUUUUUAACUCAAGUUUCAUUGAUGCCUUUUGUUUCCAUUUCACAGACAGUUCUGGAGGUGUUCAUUCCUCUACUCCCCCGUGAGCUUUCUUUCUAUUUAAAAGAAAACAACUGAGUAUUAAAAGCACUCAAGCUGAAUAAGCCA